UGAAUAAGGGGAUCAGUAAACAGAAGGACCAGGGGUGGAGACCUCACAAUGGGAGGAACUCAGAGAGGAUAGAUAUUGUCUCCUCAGAAUGUCUGUUUGUUUUAAGCCCUUCUGCUGGAGCAUUGAUCUUUCUUCCCUUCUACUUCUUUGCUUCUUCCUUGGACGUAUGGUGACUGGAUAAAAUUGGAAGCCUGUCCCACAAGCGCAUCAGAACUCCUUGUUCCCUGGAUGAUAUCUCCCUCUUUAAAGUCAAGAGAAGUCAGGCUUUUGGAGGAUUUCAAAGUAGGCAAGCCAUGGCUCGGAUCAUCGACCUGGUCCCUUGGAGUGAUAACUCCACUGAAGCUUAUGUGUCUCCAGCCAUCAUGUUCCCCACACCUCCAAGGAGAAACAUGCUCCCAGGGGUGAAACAGCAACUGUACCACCCCUACCUGCCCACCCUGCGGCAGAUGGACAUGGACACAGUCAUCGCCAAACUCCCUGACGAGCACUGCCAGUCAUCCACGUACUGCUGCAAAGGUGACUUUGACCGUGCCCACUUCAGCUUGCUGGGUGUCCCCAACAAAAGCCUGCAUGGUCUGGAAAUCACUGGGACAGGACAGAUGCUUAAAAAGAGGUACCAGUGUGGGAAGAUGGCCCCAAUAGCACCCAGCAUUAACCGUAUCAACUGGCCCUGCCACACCCAUGCCAUUGAAGACUGGUCCCACUUUGUCUCUGCCUCAGGAGAGUUCAAGCUACCUCUUGUGGAUAAAAAGGUUGAGGGGUUCAGUGGCUACGCUGUGAGGUACCUGAAGCCAGAUAUCACCCAGUGCUGGCGGUACUGUCUUAACCAGAACCCCAGCCUUGACCAGUAUGGACAGAAACCCCUUCCUAAUGACACCACGAACACCUUCCGAAGCUUUAGCUCUGCCUACAGACAAGGCAGCUACCUGACACCCUGGCAUUAGCUUCCCAAGAGAAGAAGAAGAUUUGGAGGUCUGGGCCAGCAGGACCAGGCUACCUUAAGCAUCCACCUCUCCAAAUGUAGCCUGCACUUCCCUGAGGCAUAUGGAAUUCAUGGCAGGAACAAUAAAAUAGCCACUCCACCCAAGAAGGCUUGAGCCUCAAAA